CGAAAUUUUUUCUGGGUGAAAAAAUCGAUAUAUUUGAUAUUGCAGAAAGAAAUCGCUUAUUCGGCCUGAUAUUUAGUCUGUAUAAUGAGGACGCUUUAAGAUCAAGAUAUGGCGCGUAAUCAACGAUUUUUUUCAACACUGCAUAUAAUUUAGUUUCUAAACAUUUGUAAUGCCUACGUAUAUUGAUCGUGUAAACGCCAGUGGUAAAGAGAUCAAUAAACGCGGGAGACAGUACACAGUAGGAGCCACACGAGAGUUGCACGGGUCGAACGACGAACAAGUACAGCAUAAAAUUUUGAACACGUAAUGUCUGCCAGCAGGCCAACGGCGCGAUGGAACGUUCCACUGAGCGAUGGAAUUCACGUGGUGGAAUUUGAGCAUGGAACAGCAACAGGACGUCGUGUCGUCAAAAUAGAUGGACAGACCCUCAUUCACAGGGACUGGAUGUUUCGACUUGUGGGCGACGAAGUUGUCACGCUGGGAAAUACCAAGUUCGUUAUCUGCGUCGAUCCUCUCCCGGGUUUGAGGUACUCCUAUACUCUGCUGGUGAACAACAAAACCUAUGCAAAUUUCAUACAGUCGCAGUCAAAAGUUCUUCAAACUUGGUUGACGCAGGUUGGAGAACAGCACUUUCGGAUCGUCCUAGAUAAGGCUAAGCAGAGCGUAUGGAUCAAUGGGGAGCAAAUUGACGUUGAGAACGAAUUUGUCGACGGUGGUGCGGAGAUGUUGUUUUCCGUUGGAGGAGCGCCGGCUGUCAUUAGAGCUCUCAGUUCGGGACACAGAACUACGGGAGUGAGCCACACGCUGUUCUUAAACGGAAUCGAGGUCACCGAACAACAAUUACUGCCACACAUGCAAACGAGAGCGAGAGAGAAGAAAUAAAAUCUCGCUUAUAUUUUGAAAGAGUACUUUCAAAGGAACGAUAAUGGCAAAAGAAAUGUUCAUAUCUUUACGUGUGUAUAAAAACGUGCCUUAUUGUAAAAUUUCUUCAUGGCACCUCAGUUUCUU